AUGCAGCUGCAGCUCCAGAGAUCAUCCGAGCACCUAGGAACAAGCCAGGCGUAUCUGUAUUCACAUAUUGAUGCAACUGCUGCUAAUGGCUCCAGCACUCAGCGCGAUAGACGGCAGACUGACUCCCCAUCCAGCCUUGCCCACGGAUGCAUCCCUUCCACGCACGCCACGGUGAAGAACUGGGAACACAGACGCAGCUAUUUUAAAACCAGGGAUGUUUCGCCACUAGAACACGUAAACAGCGGCCACGGCUCCCCGGAGCUCCGGCGCCCGGCGAACUCCUUCUCCCGCGGGGAGAGGAAGAACGACGCGGGUCCCACAGCAACCGCUGCGGGCGGAACGGCUGAGGCGGCAGAGCCCGAGGGCCGCGCAGGGCUCAGGCGGCGGGAGCGCCCCCGGGGACACCUCCGCCCGGCGGCCGCCGCGUCUGCUCACCUGGAACGGGGCCGAGGCGGAGGCGGCGGCUCCUCGAGGCGGCUGUUCGCGGCUAGAGCGGCGAAUCCCUGCGGAGCGCGGAGCGCGAAAAGGGAGGGUUAUGAGGAGGGGGGUAGGCUAGAGCGGCGGCCCCCGGCCCAGCCUCCGCCCCAUGGCGUGCGGCGCGGUCUCUAUGGCGACUGCAGUGCCGGGACGGCGCCGGCCCGCCCGCCCGCGGGGAGGGGUACGGCUGCGCACAGCGCGGAGGAGACUCAGGGGGUUACGGAGGAGCCCGCGGCCCUUCCCACAGGAGUUAACCCCCUCGCAGCCACCGCUGCCGCCAUCCCCGCAGCAGCCCCCGCCGCCCGCCCCCGCGCUCGCCCUUCCUCAGCGGCGGCGCCACGGAACCGCUGUCCUCUAGGGCACCUCCCGCCACCCUCUUUCCGCAGCGGCGAUUGGGCAGCCCCCGGAGAGCCCUGCCGGUGA